AUGAAACGAAACGAUUUAAUAAGAUCCUUAGACAGUGUGUCGGACCAUUACAAGAGAGAGAAGGCAGUACUUUGUCAUUCGAACGAACGUCUAUUCCUGCGCGAUUUUGUCUCCUGCUCGGCUGGCACCAGCGGUGGGAGACUCGCACGAUGGUUGCAACCGGACAGCUUUGUGGAUCCCUCUCAAUGCGAGGCACUAUAUUCACGAGAAGAAAUGAGAUGCGGAUGGCCGGCCAUCGUCACUGUGCUCACGAGAGAUCAAUACGGCGAAGUGGUGCACGUGCCCGGAUUGAAGAUUGAAGUCAAAGCGGUGCCGAUCGAUAAAACGGACAUCACGGAUUCCGAUCAGAGCAGAAAGAUCCGACGCGUCUCUCAACCAGACCCCAUGACAUUCGGUGGUCAUCCGCAACCAUCCUUAGACGUUCCGUACGAGGUGACCAUCAACAACAAGAUGUGCUUCUACGCCAUCACCAUCAUGAAAGCCUAUCAAAAUUACUCGUUCGAGGAAUUGAGAUUCAUGUCACCAACUGUGAAAAGAUCGAGCGAGAGUAUGCUGGUUAGGCCUAACGGUGACGGAAGCUACAGCGCUACGUGGACACCAUCCUCCGUCGGCUGGUACUCGCUGAUGAUUACAGUGGAUGGUUACAACAUGGAGGAUAAUUACAAAGUUGAAGUGAAGGAACCUCCGCAAGGCAUGCAACCACCCACUCAGAACAUUGUUAAAAAGCCUCAGCUUCAACCGAGCAGACUCAGAAAAUUCGUGGCGAAGAACAGCGCUGGCUUAAGGAUACGAGCUCAUCCGUCGUUGCAAAGCGAACAGAUCGGAUUCGUCUCGGUUAACGGUACUAUAGCUUUCGUUGAUGAGAUUCAUAACGACGAUGGCGUCUGGCUACGGUUAAAUACAGAGACAAUCAAGGAAUACUGUAAUAGUAGUCAUCUUGAGGCUUGGUGUUUGCAAUAUAAUCAACAUUUAGGAAAAACUCUGCUUCUCCCUGUAGAAGAACCAAAAUCCAUUUUAGAUCAAGUUAUCAAGGAAACUAUUCUACGGAAGCGUCCUGAUGUUAGCGAUGAUAAGAGAAAGACGGUGACUUUCGACGCCGGAAGAAGUAUGAUAGUCGUGAAAUGUGGAGCUUCCGGACAUAAUAUUAGAAGCAAACCGAACUUGAAAGGCGCGCCUGUUGGAAUGUUAGCGCUUGGAAAUACGGUGACCGUGCAAGAAUAUUGCGUAAAUCAUGAAGGAACUUGGGUACGCAUUGAUGACGAUUCAGUAGCGAAAUAUUGUUUCGAUAAGGGUCGAGGCGUAGAGGCAUGGUCGCUUGCUAUUAACAAACAAACCAAUGUGAUUUAUAUGAAACUCGAACAGGAUUUAGAGAAUGAUCCGAUCGAGAAAAAGCCAAUGAUACCGGACCCAGCUGUUUCACCGAGCAACAAAGGUUUUGAUUUUUCUGUGCCUUCUGUUAGUCACGAAGGCUUCAACUUUACUACGCAAAACUACAUACCGGAUACAGCGGAAUCCAUUGAUAGCUGCAAUAUAAACCCAUUUGUUUUCGGCUCAUACAAUCAACAUGACUCACCAGGCAGCGAACGCUUCACACCAGAAAAAGCUGAUGGUACUCCAAAAUUUUCAAAACCUCAUUCCAAGGAAAGAGUAGCCAAGGAGCGAGAAAGAGAAGGUGGCGGUGGAAAAUUUAGCGUUCUUCAAAAGUGGCUAAGAGGGGAUGAUAAAUGCCAUGGAGAGAAAAGAAGUUCUCCGGGCAGGUAUUUCUUCUUUGUAUUAUUAAUGAUUUUCAGAGAUUUCUCUGAAUUUGUGGGCGUAUCUGUGAAGGAGUUGGUAAAAGCGAUGGGAGAAAGUCGUGCAAAUGGCAACGGAGCAACACCACCGGAAACUCCGCGGCGAACGUCAAGAAGUUCUUCGCCCAAGAAUCCCCAAGGUGGGUCACCAAGAUUUCACAGCCCUUCUUCCAGUCCAGUCCCAAUACCCGCUGGGUCCAGUCGACAGCCAGCCGUUUCUGGUAAUUGUCUCUUCCCUCCUGCUGCUAACGCACCAGGUGGGAGAAGCGCGAUAGGAGGGGGAGAGAGUAUGAGUAGCAGCCCUGUACUCUGCGGCUCCCCCCGAAGUGUCGGCCUCUCCCCAUUAGUGUCAGGAGGGAUGGUUGACAGCAUAACGUCGCAACGUCGUGGCUCAACGCAGAGCGACACAAGUGCCUUGGUUAGCAGCUUGACGAGAGAUCCAUCACAGUCACCGAGUGGUAUUAGUACUACUGCCAAUACGCGUGAUCUAUCACCGAGUCCAAGUUGCAGUUCUUUACACAUGAGAUCUGAAGGUAGCAUAGCUAGUCCGCCCGACACCCCCAAGAAGGAAUGUGCUGUAAGUAAUGAUAUGCAAGAAAGUCCGCGCAAAGUGUCUCAAGCGCAAACGCAAACAAGUCCCGAAAGCGCUACUACAGCUAUGAAGGGUCACUUUAACAUCGGUUCAUCCGGAGUAAAGGACGAGCGACAUUCGCCGAAAAUGAACAGGAGAGAUCACAUGAAAGCCGUGAAAACGAGAGCAAAGCGUGCUAUGUCACCCGCCAACGCACAGCAAAGUCCUAGUCCUAAUCGUGCUUUAAAUUUAUGUAAAGACAAGGUGAAAGAAGCUAUUAGUCCUUCCGUAGCGGAAUGUCUGAGAGCUGUUUUCGCCGCGUUCUUAUGGCAUGAAGGAAUUGUACAUGACGCUAUGGCUUGCGCUAGUUUUCUCAAGUUCCACCCAAGUUUACCGAAACAGGGUGCGCUGGUAGUAACUAGGCAAACUGUUGUGCAAUCCAGCGAUAAGCAGCAGCAGGAGCAAAAAGCACGUCAAAGACACUCCGUUGAGGUGACAAAUGCCGGUAAUUAUUUGCAUAUUCAGCCCAGCACGUUGGAGACUCUAACGCGAUCAGCCGCAAACGCUAAUGCCAAUAGGAGUAGGAAAAAGCAGGAGAACACGAUUAAGGAAGAAAUUCAGGCAAGUGCGAGUAAACUUAGUUCUCUGCCUGAAUUUCACACAGUCGCGGUGUUACCACCAGCGUUAAAAAGUUUAGUUUUUCUAUGGGAAGAACUUAGCACCAAUUGCCUGCAAGCCAUCGAACAACAAUCGAUUUUGCCUAGUCCGAUAUCGCAGAUACAAACGAUGAAGUUGGCGAAACGACCAAUACCGGAAAAACGUCCCAGAGAGGACAAAAUGAAAGAACGUGAGAAGAAAGGCAGCCGGAAGAAGAAAGAAUGGAAGCCUAUUGGCAGAGCGAACACGUCUGAGGUUUUAGCGGGAAUUGAACGGGAGACUAUCUGUGAACUUUGUGGCUUGAUGUUUCCACAUCCAGUCACUUAUCAUAUGAAAAUGAUACAUCCAGGCUGCGGCUGGCAUGCGGGCGGAAAAGGAUACAACAGCGGCGGAAACUAUUGCGUGGGGUGGGCAGGCAAUUGCGGUGAUGGCGGGGUCGGUGGUAGCUCGUGGUACUUAAUCUGCGACACAUGUAGAGAUAAGUAUUUGAAGGCCAGAAAGAGUAAAUUCGCGAAGAAAUUCGUAAGCGGAAUUUCAAAAAGAAAAAAUGGUACGAGCAAAAUUCUGUCUCCGAUUAACAGUCCUAGUGGAAACGAAACUCACUUAAUUAUGAAGAACAACGCAAUGUUUUUGCUGGAUUUAGCUAGUGCGUCUGGCUUUAAUAUCCCUAAACAACAAAGACGACCAUCGCAGACUUUAUCGUCCGUGGCUGAAAAUUAUAGCCCUCCUGAGGCCACUGGACCUUUUCCUCCUACUGGACCAUUCCAAUGUUUGCAAGCCUUAGGUGUUCACCAUUCGCAGAGUCACGACGAAAGAUAUUACGAAGAAACUCUGAGACGCGAAAAUGGACAACAAAAUAAUUAUGAGGGAAACAGUAGCACAUUUAACAACACAAACGGCAGGCCAUUAUCAGAAUAUCCAACGAGUGAUAGUGAUAAUGAAAGUGGUAAAAAUCGCAGUACCUUUCAUAGAUCCGUAUCUAUGUCUACUGGUGCACCUUGGGCCAGAAACAGUAACGACGGCAGAGUCGUUAUGAUGAGAAAACGAAAUAACAGCAGUAGCGAAAUGAAUAAUGAAGCGGGUUCUUCGCUUUUAUGUUAUCCAUCCGCUGCACUGCAGAAAUUAGUGCCAUCAAUGGAUCAAUCUGCUAUAGUAUCCACUAGUCAAAUCGAAAUAGCGAGUAAUGAUCGAAUAGAAAUUCUCAUGAGACCUGUAAUGUUGUUCGUUCUUCAACAACACAACCUGCAACAUCUACAACUUGCGAUGAAGCAAGCGUUGCGCCGUGCCGCUUGUCGAGUUUACGCGAUGCAGGCAUUGAAUUGGCUUUUAAGAAGCGUAACGCAACCAAUUUGUUUGCACGACUUACUCUGGUGGUUCGUUUCGUCUCUUACACCAGUUGUUACUUCUGAUAGCACGGAUGCAAAUGAUGAUGAUAACAGAACGGAAAAGAAGGAAGAUCACGAUAUGAUUGGUGUCAGCGAGCAUCCUUUAAGUGAUUUAGUAAUAGCUGGAGAAUCCGUCAAUCCAUUACCUACUGUAUUUCACACUUUGUUACAAACAAUUGCGGAUUUAAUGCUGUUACCACCACUUGGAUCUCCGCUACAACAAGCUGCGAUUCGAUGUUGGGGUAUUCGAUUUACGCCAGCAGAUCAUAUGUUCCUACAUAGAAGUCACGUAUUUAGUAACAUUAGUAAAAUCCUGUCGCGAUCUGAGGAAGAAGAAGAUGUAACGAUGAGUAUGCACGAGAGUCACCAAUCAACAGUUUCACAACAGUUGAAUAGUUGGGUGGAAGCUUUGAAGGAUUUAACAUCCAACGUUGAGAUCAAAGCUUCUAGUAGACAAGCUAUGAUUGGUAGUCUAACGGACAAUUCGACUGAAACAUUUUGGGAAUCUGGAGACGAGGAUCGUAAUAAGACUAAAGUGAUUACAAUUCUCUGUGGCGCUCAUUCCUUGCCUAGAAUGUUAUAUGUACACAUAGAUAAUUGCCGCGAUUUAACACACAAAGUGUCAAGCGUGACUUUCUUAUCUGGUAUCAACGCCGACGAGAUGAUAAAAUUAAGAUAUGUGGAGAUCGAAAGUAGAUCAGCUGGCUGGAUUAAUUGCCCGAUCACUGAUCAACGCCAUAUAGUUGUGGGUAUGGAAUUAAAGGGCCCAGAUAACUCUUUGCGUGUUCGUCAAAUCAGAUUGCUGGGCGAGGUAGAAGGAGGAUCUCUGAAAAUAGGAAAGCAGCUAAGCGCACAAACUAUUCAACAAAGAAAUUGCGAGGCUGAAACUUUAAAAGUGUUUCGACUAAUCACAUCUCAGGUAUUUGGGAAACUUAUACAAGGAGAAAAACAACAACAGAUGGAAUCGACGGAAGGCGCUAAUGAGGAUUUAGAGGACAGUAAUGAUCUUCGGGAGCAUAUGGUUGGCAUAUUGUUCAGCAGAAGCAAUUUAACGCAUUUACAAAAACAAGUAUGCACUCAUAUCGUGCAAGCGAUUAGAAAGGAGACUAUACGGUUGAGAGAAGAAUGGGAGACACUUUUAUGUUCGCCGACACCUGCUAAUAGCGUAUUGAGCGACAAUAGUGAUCUUCCUAAAGCGGCCGAUACUUACUGCUUUGAAAUGCUUUCUAUGGUUCUUGCUCUAAGUGGUAGUUCUGUAGGACAAUAUUACUUAUCGCAUCAGACUGGGUUAUUAAAAGAUCUAUUGAGUUUAUUGCAUACCGGAUCGGCAAGAGUGCAACGUCAAGUAACAUCUCUCUUACGACGGAUAUUGCCCGAAAUUAAACCUGAAACACUAGCGAACGUUAUAAAUGUUGAACGACUACCGCCUACUGAUUUUAGCAUCGUAUCCGCUGCAAACAGCGGCUUUACUCAUGCUUUAGAUUUCGACGAACAUUCAGCCGGAAUUCUCGAUGUAUUUUUAAGCUGUAUUGCGAAAGCAUUGACCGUGCAAGUCAAAGUAAAAGGAAAAGAAAACAAUGGCAAAGCGCUUCAAACCGUUUCAUUAGCUACUAGCAUCCAUCCGAAAAGUUACGUUGGAACGAGAUGGUGGUUAAGGGGUUGUAUGACGCGUAAGCUAGCAGAAGUAAUAAUUCAACUUUUGAAGGAUAUGGCAUCGGGUAAAUUAUCUGAGGAAUGGGCAUCUGUAACGAAAGCAGCUAUAGCGGAAAAUAUUCUAAAUUUAACUAGACUGGACGAGAAGAGUCGUGAGCCUACAGAAUGUCUUCGAUCGCCAACACUGUGGUUAGCAUUGGCUUCUUUAUGCGUUUUGAAUUCGGAACAUGUUGAAAGAUUAUCGUCUGGUCAAUGGAGUGGUUCUGAAGGACAGCAAUUACCACCAAGACCAACAUGUAGUAAUCACGAUGACGAUGAAACCACGGCUAUUAUUCAAUGUAAUGUUUGUGGUAAUUUAUGCGCGGAAUGCGAUAGAAUUUUACAUCUUCAUAGAAGAACGAGAACGCAUCUCAGACAAGUAUGUAAGGAAGAAGAAGAAGCGAUACGAGUAGAUCUUCAUGAAGGUUGUGGUAGAACGAAGCUCUUUUGGAUAUUGGCUUUAGCAGACAGUAGGACGUUGAAGGCACUGGUGGAAUUUCGUGAUGGUGCGCCGAGAAAACCGGUUGGCGCUACUACUGGUAUUUGUAGAUUUUGCGGUACUACGGGAAAUACGGGUUUGCUAGCAAUAGGCAACAUUUGCUCCGAUCAUGAUUGUCAGGAACACGCUAAAAAUGCGUGUAACAUGGUCCAUUCUUGCGGGCACAUUUGUGGGGGUGUUAGGAAUGAGAGAACUUGCUUGCCUUGCCUUCAUCGUUGCUUACCAGGGACCGAUUUGAAACAGGACGCUGAUGACAUGUGUAUGAUUUGCUUCACCGAGGCCUUGUCUUGCGCACCAGCGAUUCAGUUGCAGUGUGGCCACGUGUUCCAUCUACAUUGUUGUCGACACGUCCUGAUGAAGCGUUGGGUGGGACCACGAAUUACUUUCGGUUUUUCUUUAUGUCCGAUCUGCAAAAUACCGAUGGAUCAUCCGACGUUGUCCGAGCAAUUGGCAAGCGUGAAGGAGCUAUACGAAGACGUACGAAGAAAGGCGCUAAUGCGCUUGGAAUACGAAGGCUUGCACAAAGCUGAAGGAACUUUUGCACCUGGCGGUCGUUAUCAAGAUCCCGCUGCUUACGCAAUGGAACGCUACGCGUAUUAUGUAUGUUACAAAUGUCAGAAGGCUUAUUACGGUGGCGAGGCACGUUGCGACGCGCAGUUAGGCGGGGAAUCGUUCGACCCUGCUGAAUUAGUAUGUGGCGGUUGUAGUGACGUGGCAAGAGCACAAAUGUGUCCAAAGCAUGGAGCAGACUUCCUUGAGUAUAAAUGUCGAUAUUGCUGUUCGGUGGCGGUAUUUUUCUGCUUCGGAACAACACACUUCUGUAAGCCUUGCCACGAUGAUUUCCAACGUGUUACUACUAUCCCGAAGAGUGAUCUGCCUAUGUGUCCUGCUGGUCCUAAGGCUAAGCAACUGGAAGGAGACGAAUGUCCACUACAUGUGAAACAUCCACCGACGGGAGAAGAGUUUGCUCUAGGUUGCGGAAUUUGUCGCAACGCGCACACAUUCUAAGCUUCCAGUGCUGUUUUGUGAUUUUUAUGAAAUAUGGAAUUGAUGCAGAUUAGAGUAGGCUAUGAGAAUGAGAUGCAUCAUUUAAUCCAAUGACAAGUUUGCGAUGCAAGAGGGUAUAUUUGUGUUAGUAAUGGAUAAGCCAUUUCUAUCGCUAAAUCUAGUAAUUAUUAACGGUAGACAGAAAAGAGCGUAAGCUUAUGUAUCAAACUUUCACAUGCAAAUCAAGAAGCGAAUUUGAACGUCAUU